CGAAUGCUGGUCGCGAACUGAAGCCUUUCUGUUCGAAGAACAAGCUAUUUCAUGAUAGGCCUGCUGCUACUAGGCUUCUAUUGCGACCCAGGCCAACCGCCAGAGAGUGGACCAGAAUAUGAAAGCCGUGAGCUUGAAGGCAUUUCGAUUCCCUUCGACGUGAACGUCGUCGCGUCUGAGGAUCAUGCUGAUAUUCCACAAGUGGUCAGAGACAGUCGCACAGCUCUACUUCGCACACUCCACCGGACCGUCGCUGGAUAAAACACCCUAAUGCGCGAUCCUUGACUCGACGUGUCAUCCAAAUAUCCGUCCGGGGAUGCUUUGUCCACCAUCACGGUGGAAACGCUCUGACCUCCGCACUCUUCUCGAUUGCUUUGUCUUCGAUGUGGACCCACAAGCACCCAAAUCCGGAAACUGUCCUCGUAUCGCGGUCCACGCUGCGGACCGGACUGGGCUCGUGGAUGUGACACCCACGUGUCAGCGGCCUUUGUGCCAAAC